UGUAUGUAGUUUGCUCUCAUUCGCGACAGUUUUCACACAAGUCUCAACAGACUGAAAAAUAUUGUUAAAUUUGAAAAAUAAAAUUAUUGCGCUAAAAAAUACAUGAAUUUACAAUCAAAAGUGACUUCUAAAUCUCAAAAUUAAAAUGUGUGUUAAUCCUUAGUGACUUCAAAUGACAAGUGUUUCCACUGCCUUUGUAGUAGAAUGAUGAUUUCAAACAGAAUUUUAUUAUUUGUGGGAGUUCUUGCUCAACUGUCUGAAAAUAAUAUUGCUGAAAAGCUCGAGGAAAAAGAGUGGUGGAAAACGGCUCUGGUAUAUCAAAUAUGGCCACGAGCCUUUCAAGACAGCGAUGGUGACGGCGAAGGCGAUUUACAAGGCAUUAUCCAGCGCCUAGAUUAUAUAAAAGACAUAGGAGUGGAUGCAAUCUGGAUAAACCCUAUUUACAAAUCUCCUUUGGUGGAUUCGGGAUAUGAUAUCACAGAUCAUAAUAGCAUUCAUCCGCUAUUUGGAAAUGAUAACGAUAUAGAUGCAUUGAUAGAAGAAGCACAUGAAAGAGAUUUAAAAGUAAUUUUAGAUAUAGUACCAAACCAUUCCAGCAUUGAGCAUCUGUGGUUUAAUUUAUCUCGAGCAGAAGUGGAUCCAUAUGAUGAUUUUUAUAUCUGGGCUAAAGGAACUGUCAAUGAGUUCGGAGAAAAAGUCGAACCCAAUCAUUGGGUAAGUGUGUACGAAAAGGAAAGGAAUGGAUCAGCAUGGACUUUGGAUUUAAUCAGAGGAGAAUGGUAUUAUCAUAAAUUUCAUAAAUCGCAGCCAGAUCUUAAUCUUCGAAAUGAAGAAGUCAUAGAAAAGCUUUUGGAGACAUUGGACUUCUGGUUAGAAAAAGGAGUAGACGGUUUCUGCUUCUCAGCUGUAUCUUAUUAUUAUGAGGAUAAAGAUUUAUUAGACGAAUUUAAUUUUGAAGAAGACGAUGAUGGACAUGAACAAGAAAGUGAAACCGAAAACGAAAAUGAAAAUAAAAAUAAGAAUGAAACAAAUACUACGUAUGAAAAUAUAGAACUCUUGUAUAAAUUUCGAGAACACGUGGAUAAUUGGGUGGAAGAAAAUAAUUCAACGUCUAAAUUAUUAAUAGCUGCCUCUGAUGAUCCCGAUGAGAUUCUAAUAUCUUACUACGGUAAUGAAUCACAUGCUGGUAUCUUGCCUUUUAAUUUUCGCUUCAUUACAACUAUCAACAGUAGCAGUAACGCCCAAGAUAUUAAAAACACGAUUGACGAAUGGGUGUCCCUUCUUCCGGAAAACGCAACUACUAAUUGGGUGCUCACCAAUCACGAUAGCUCGAGAACACCAACCAGAUUGAGUUUAGGUGAAAUGGACGUGUUUCAAAUUCUAACUUUAUUAUUGCCUGGCCAAGCAUUCACGUAUUAUGGGGAAGAAAUAUCAAUGAUAGAUUCUCAAAUUCCUUGCAAUGAAACCAUCGAUCCAAUGGGAUGUAAAAAUUCGGAGGACAAAUUCGCAUAUAUUUCGAGGGAUCCUGCAAGAACACCAAUGCAGUGGAAUUCUAGUACAUCUGCUGGAUUUUCUACUAAUGAAGAGACAUUUUUGCCUGUAAAUCCUUCUUUCGAGGACAACAACGUCGAAAGCCAAUUGGCAGAUCCAUAUAGUAACAUUAAUAUUUAUAAAAAAGUUGCUUCUCUUAGAAAAGGAAAUCCAGUUUUUAGCCAUGGUGGUUAUGAAUUAAAAAAUCUUAACGAAAAUAGAGUCCUGGUUCUCAAGAGAUUUUUGGAGGAUUACCCAACUUAUAUAGUAGUUAUCAAUUUGGAUGCAUCAAAUGAUACUCUUGAUUUAACGUCAUUGUAUCCUGAGUUAGAAGAUAACUUCCAAGUUGUGAUUUCUACUGAUUAUGAUAUUAACACAACUGAGAUCGAAGGUUCCUUCAGCAUAUCAGGAAACGAAGCAGUUGUUUUGAAAGGUAGAGGAAUUGCAAAUGAUUCUACAACGAUAUUCGAUGAGGACGAAGAUAGUUUAUCCUUCACAACUGUACCGGACGAAGAAUCAGUGACUAAUGAAGAAGAAAAUUCUAGUAAAGAAAACUAUGAAAACCCAAUUCCUGCUGUAGAAGAAGAAACAAUUACCUCAGCUGUCUCAGCAGUACAUAUUUUACAAAAAGAUUUAAUUGUUAUGUAUUUUGCACUAUUCUUUAUAACAUAGAAUUUAUUGUUAUAAUAAAAUGUGAGUAUGAAAUCUA